ACCAAGUGUAAUUAUGUAACAUUCUAUAACCUGUAUGAUUGAAUAGCUUACUAUACCUGAUUAGUUUGUGCUGCAAUAUUUUAUUAAUACUUGCAUUAACAAAUUAUACACUUUUAUUAAUUUAUAGCACCAACAUAUAAGAAAUAUUGAGCUGCAAAAAUGAUGAAAAAUGGUACAUUGAAACUAAGUACUAUAAAUGGUACAUCAAUUAGUGCUUUUAGAUAUUUAUCAGCACAAACUUCAGGUGCAGGUAAGAAUGUAGGUUUUAAAUUAGGUAAUAGAAAUCCAAAACCAAUCAUCUUACCAGAUGAAACAAUCCCAUCAACACCGUUUCCAACUGUGCCACCUCUUCCACAAAUUCCUGUAGUAGAAAUACCAGGCCCUAUUGUUGAACCUACUCUUCCUCAGUCCCAACCUCAGCCUCAACCUCAACCAGAUUCUAAACCUAUGAUUGAAAUUCCAGUACCUAGUAGAGUUACAUCUAUGGACAAAGAAACUGAAGUAUCUGUUGAAGAUGAUGUAGUCAUGAAAGAUAUUGGAAAUAAAGGCAUAAUAGUAUUAAAUCGACCUAAAGCCUUGAAUGCUUUGAAUGUAUCAAUGGUUGAAAAAAUAUAUCCUGUACUUAAAAAAUGGGAAUCAUCUAAAAAAUUAGUAAUAAUAGAAGGAUCUGGUGAAAAAGCAUUUUGUGCAGGUGGUGAUUUAAAAAGCAUUUUCCUUGCUUUAAAAGAAAACAAUGCUACUUUAGGUGAAACAUUUUUUAAAAAAGAAUAUACCUUAAACUACUUGAUUGGUACAUAUAAGAUACCAUAUAUAGCUGCAAUAAAUGGAAUAACUAUGGGAGGUGGAGUUGGAUUAUCUGUUCAUGGGAAAUAUCGAAUUGCAACAGAGAAAACAUUAUUUGCAAUGCCUGAAACAGCAAUAGGGCUAUUCCCUGAUGUUGGGGGGACAUAUUUUUUACCUAGAUUAAAAGGCAAAUUGGGUCUUUAUCUUGGAUUAACUGGAGAUCGAUUAAAGGGAGUUGAUGUGUUAUUUGCUGGUAUUGCAACACACUUUGUUCCUUCUGAGAAGUUACCAGAUUUAAAACAAGAUUUAUUGACCACUGAACAGUCAGAUGUUAAUGAUAUCUUGACUAAAUAUCAACCAACAAAAUUAGAUCAAGAAUUUAGCUUAACACCAUAUAUGAAUCAAAUUGAUAAGUGUUUCUCUGCUCCUUCCAUAGAAGAAAUAAUAGAAAGAUUAAAGCAGGAUAAUUCAGAAUGGGCAGUAAAAACAUUACAGAUGUUGUUUAAAGCAUCUCCCACUUCCUUGAAAGUUGCUUUAAAUGCAAUUCAAAAAGGAGCCACCUUAAGUUUAGCAGAUUGUUUAAAGAUGGAAUUUAGAUUAGUUUGUGCUGCUUUAAGUAAAGAUAGCGAUUUAUCUGAAGUUUCAUUUUUUAUAGGUAUUAGAGCUGUUUUGAUUGAUAGAGAUCAAAAACCAAAUUGGAACCCAAAAACUUUAGAUGCAGUAACAGAUACUUAUAUAAACCAAAAAUUUGCCAAACUUUCUCAGGAACGAGAAUUAUCAUUUUAAAAUUGUCCUAAAGGAAAUUGUACAACAAACAAAAGUUCUAUUCAAAGUUCUGUUGGAUAUAAAACGAUAUUUUAUUAACGUAAAAUAGCGAAAAAAGUAAUUGCUGUAUUAAUAUAUAAAAGAUAUAAUUUCUAAAAUUUUUAUUCUUCAUUAAUUUUCUAAAAAGAAGUUUACAUAAACAGAUCUAUAUACCCUAUGUAAUAAUUUUUACAUAUGUAGACAAUUUUAGUUUUAUGUUAAUUUACAAGACAUUUUUGAUACCUUAAAACCUUGUUACCAAAAUGUGACCUCAAAUAUAACAACAAUUUUAUACAA